AAUCUAUUUCCUUCUCGCUUCCAUCCAGGUCUGCUCGGAAGAUUAUUUAAGAGGGAUAACUACAAUAUUGUCACCGUAUGUCAUGGCUUCUUGCGGUGAAGAGAUUGGUGAGCUACCAGUUCUUGAAACAUUGUGUUUAACCCUUCCUGAUAGUAAUGCUGUUGAUGACACAGAUGACAACAAGCAAGACACGUUGUCAGUAGAGGAUGAAGCCAGUCAGUCACAGACAUCAGAGGAUCUUUGUUCUUGUAUUUUCUGUACUUACACUGUCAACAUUUCACAAGACAAGGACUCGUUACUUCGACACUUGAUCAUCUCUCACAAACUUGUCGUUGCAGAUGUUAAAUUAAUUGCCAACUUAAAAAAAUAUAUUCUUUACUGGAAGAAACGAAUGAAAGGUCAUCCAAUCACAGACUUCUGCUCCACCAUUGUACUCAAUAGCAAGGAAUCAGAUAUUGGGAAACGAGAAAACUACUAUUUGCUCUCUGAUGUCUUCCCUGAAGAUAAAUACCUGCGUCAGUAUUUACAAAAGAAAAGACUUGAAACUGCUUUAGAAGUGCAACAGAAAGAAAGAACAGAUCAAACUUUCUCCAGAGAUUGUCUCUUCUGCAGAGAACAUUUCUUAGGCAAUAGAUCUGAACUAUUCAACCAUAUGGCAUUUGAUCACGGUUUCAAUGUUGGUCAACCAGACAAUCUUGUAUUCGUCUCAGAGUUUUUAGACAAAUUACAACAAAAGUUAGACAAUCUGCAGUGUCUCUAUUGUGAAAAGACAUUCCGUGAUCGCCCAACCCUGAAGGAACACAUGCGGAAGAAGCAACACAAAAGGAUCAAAUCCAACAACACACUCUACGACAAAUAUUACAUCAUCAAUUACUUGGAAAUUGGUAAGAACUGGGAAAAUUUUGAAUCCAGCGAGGAAUUCUCUACAGACUUUGACUGUGAAGAAAACUGGGAUGGCUGGCAUGAUGAGAGUGGUUCCACUGCAGUCUGUUUAUUCUGUGAUUUCUCUUCAGCUGAUGCAGAUAUUUUACUUCAACAUAUGAAGGACAGCCAUGGUUUAGAUUUGAAUUUGUUAAAGAAAGAACAUAAUUUAGAUUUUUAUCAACAAGUGAAAUUAAUCAACUACAUCCGACGACAGGUCCAUUUGCUCAAGUGCAUCAGUUGUGAUAAACAAUUUGAAAGUAAAGAUGUGUUAAUGCUACACCUACAUUCAAGUGGACACAGCCAACAAAUACCCAAGUCCAACAUGUGGAUGCAACCACAGUACUAUUUCCCAACAUAUGAAAAUGACAACCUGUUAUGUCAGUUAAUGGAUAAUACAAUUCCUGAAGCUAACAACAGUGGAAUGAUGUCAGAAGACUGUGAUUUCAAACCAGAGAACUUCUUACCUGAAUGUAUAUUGAACGAAAUCCUUUCAAUUAAUUGACAAAACAGCCCGACUCAAUCACAGCAAACACAAUUAGAAAUAAUGAAACCAACAAAAAG